AUGUCGGCACCAGAGGAGCAGUCAGAGAGUGAUCGCGAUCAAAUCACCCAGCAAAACGCCAAAUCACCUCUUCUGCGUCUUCCUGCCGAGCUCCGCAACCAGAUCUUUGCCCUUGCCCUCACACAGCCCAUCAUUGAGAUCUUCUGGUCUAGGGCGCGCUGGAGGUUCAUGUUUUCCGAGGAUUGUCGGCCAGACUACGUUCGACAACCGCUCAACCUCCUCUUCGUGUGUCGACAAACCCAUGCUGAGACUGCCACUCUUCCCUACAAGCUUAAUACAUUUGCUGUCGAUUUCGUUUACCAGCAGAUCCGCAACAUGAUCUUCGCCUACACCCUCAGUCACGGCGACAUCGAGCUGAAGGUCAUUCCCAGGAUAAUCAACGGACCCAGUCCUAAGGGCUGCUGGAAGCAUCGCAACUGGGCAAAUCCUUUCGACAUUAGUCUCCUCUACGCCUGUCGUCAGAUUUACUUCGAGACCGCGCUACUUCCAUACGAGCUGAAUGUCUUUGUGGUUUUCGGGAACGACAGCGCGUUCCAGGACUUCUUUGCACACCGGACAUUGGCACAGCUACCUGAUAUUAACACCAAGUUCAGCAUGUCGACCCACGUCAAGCAGCAGCAAGACACCAGCUCCAGCAUGCUCUCCGACGAAAUGCGCCCAGAGGAGAUGCAGAUCGCAGAGGAGCUCAAGAUCAAGGCCUUGCGAGAAGAGAAACGACUGAGCGAGAUUACCUACCUCAACGCAACAACCUCGCCUCUCCUCCUCCUCCCAGCCGAGAUCAGAAACAUGGUUUUCGCGUUUGCUCUCGGUCAGCAAUAUCUCGUGAUCAAUAACAAGGGGACCCUAGUCACCAGAGGAGUUCCAGUUCAUCUCCCCAGACUCCUCUACGUCUGUCGCCAAAUCUACGCUGAGACAGCACUUCUUCCAUACGCACUCAAUAUCUUCGCCAUCUGGGACCUUUCAGUGUACCCCCUGCCGACAUGGGGCUCCUCCAAACUAUACGCAUUUCUGGAGCGUCGAACACCAGCUCAGAUCGAGGCAAUGACGGAGGUGAUGAGGGUUGGUUACGCUGAGGAGAAUGGGAGACCUGCAACUGAGUGGAUGAAGACUGAAUACGAUGCGUUCAUGGGGACUGAAUUCGAUAAUUAG